AUGAGGAAACAGAUCAAGAGGUGUAGUGCAGUAGGAGUACCAUCCUCUUUAUCUCCUUAUUACAGAGGACCGCGGCUGACUGGGACACCUGAAGUCUCUCUCUUGCAUCAUCUGAAUAGAAAGACUCUGGAUCUUCUUGGCUUGACCCACCAGGGCCCGUGGCUGUGGCUUCUAAGACACUCAGGGGGUUUUCCCUUCAGCUUUCUGAGGGCCCCUUGGCUGGUGUUACUCAGCAUCAUGCUGUGCUAUCUCCUCCUAGGUGCUACUCUGAGCCCCAACUCAACCCAGGAUGAGGACUCUUUCAUCGUGGGGGUGCUGGGCCCAUGGAAGUGUGACCCCCUCUUCGCCAAAGCCCUCCCUCAUGUGGCCGCCCAGCUAGCCAUCACGAGGGCCAAGAAAGACUCCUCACUGGAGCUGGGAAGCCAGCUGGAUUAUAUGAUUCUUGAGGAGGGCUGUGACACCCCUCAGGCCCUGGCUGCUUUCCUCUCCUAUAGAGGUGCUGUGGCCACCUUCGUGGGGCCCUCCAAUCCCGGCUACUGCCCAGCAGCAGCACUUCUGGGCCAGAACUGGGGCAAGGCCCUUUUCUCCUGGGCAUGUGGAGCCCCGGACUCAGGGGGCACACUGAUCCCCAUCUUGCCCUCUACCGUCCACGUCCUAUUGGCUGUCCUGCGGCACUUUGGCUGGGCUCAUGUGGCCGUCAUUUCCUCCCACCAGGAUGUCUGGGUGGACACGGCCCAGCAGGUGACCUCAGCCCUCAGGACGCAAGGACUGCCAGUGGGGCCUGUAACUUUUCUGGGGCCUGGGGGCCAGGGAGCUCUAGGAGCCCUGAAGCAGCUUCGAGACACAAAUAGGUUGAAGGUGGUAGUGAUGUGCAUGCACUCAGUUCUUGUUGGAGGCUCUGAGCAGGCAGUCCUGCUUGCCCAGGCUCAUGCACUUGGCCUGACUGAUGGCAGGUAUGUCUUCAUCCCCUACGAUGCACUACUUUAUGGGAUGCCCUAUCGCAACCGGUCCUACCCAGUGCUGAGGGAUGGUGGUGGCCUUCAGGAAGCAUAUGAUGCUGUGCUGACCAUCACUCUGGAGUCUGGCACAACUGACUUUGAUGGAGCCUUCUCAGCUGCAAUGAAGAGUGGAGAAAUCACCACUGACAAAGAGCCUGAGCAAGUGUCUCCACUCUUUGGGACGGUCUAUGAUGCCAUCUUUCUUCUGGCCAAUGCUCUGAAUCGCUCUCGAGAACAAGGGACUCAACUCUCAGGAAAUCAUCUUCAGAAUCACAUUAUGUCUCUAGACCUGGCUGGUUUUAGCCAGAGGAUUCAGACAGAUGAGAGGGGGAAUAGAUUGGUCAGCUAUGUGAUCUUGGACACAGAUGGUCAGAAGAGUCAACUUAUUCCAACCCAUUUGCUGGAUACAUCCACUCAAUUAGUGCAAUCACUGGGCAGGCCUAUUCACUUUCCACAAGGAGAACCUCCUCCCACAGACUCCAACUGUUGGUUUGACCCAGAUACUCUAUGCACAGGAGAUGGAUGGUCCUUGGUUCCCCUCCUGGCUGUGAUAUCAGUAUCUGCUGUGGUGCUUGGAGCCCUGGGGCUCAUUUACCUCAUCAGAACUCUUCAGCUCCAGCCUGGAGGAGGCCCCAACAAGAUUAUGCUGACCUUGGAAGACCUCACCUUCACCCACCCUCCACUGAGCCGGCGGAAACUCACCCUGGAUACCCUCAGCAAUUCCCGGAGCCCCUCAGAUGUCAAGAGCCUCAGUUCGGAGGUCCAAUCUCCAGGGAGGAUCCACCCAGCCACACCAGAGACUUCCAACAUGGCCUUGUACCAGGGAGACUGGGUUUGGCUGAAGAAGUUCAAGGCUGGAACAUCCCUGGAGCUCCGUCAAAGCUCUGCAAAGCUACUUAAAAAGAUGAGAGACCUGAAACAUGAGAAUGUGAAUCUCUGCCUGGGCUUCUUUACUGAUCGAAGUGUUUCUGCCAUUGUGUUUGAGCACUGUUGCCGGGGCAGUUUGGAGGACCUGCUGAAGAACGAGGACCUACGGCUUGAUUGGACUUUCAAAUCCUCCCUCCUGAUGGAUCUGAUUAAAGGUAUCCGGUAUCUCCACCAUCGGGGGUUUCCCCAUGGCUCCCUCAAAUCUCGAAACUGUGUUGUGGAUGGGCGCUUUGUGCUGAAGGUCACAGACUAUGGUUAUCAGGCACUCUUGGAAAGGCAGCGAGUUCCUCGAUCCCAGCCCCUGUCAGAAGAGUUGCUCUGGACUGCACCAGAAUUGCUCAGGGGGCCAGAAGGGUCUUGGAGAGGCACCUUCAAGGGUGAUGUCUACAGUUUUGCCAUCAUUUUGCAAGAAGUGCUGGCUCGGGGGCCACCCUACUGCACAUCGGGGCUCACUGCAGAAGAAAUCAUCAGGAAGGUGGUGUCUCCUCCUCCCCUCUAUCGCCCGAUGGUGUCUCCUAACCAGGGGCCACCUGAAUGCAUCAGGCUGAUGAAACAGUGCUGGAGUGAGGAUCCAGAAGACAGACCUAGCCUGGAUGACAUCUUCAGCCAAUUUAAAAGCAUCAACCAAGGCAAGAAGAGCAGUGUGGCAGACUCGAUGCUGCGGCUGCUAGAGAAAUAUUCUCAUGAUCUGGAGGACCUAGUCCAGGCGAGGACAGAGGAACUGGAGCAGGAAAAACAGAAGACAGAGAAGCUGCUCUCCCAGAUGCUUCCCCAAUCUGUGGCAGAGGCACUGAAGGCUGGAACCACUGUGGUCCCAGAGUACUUUGACCAGGUAACUAUCUACUUUAGUGAUAUAGUUGGCUUCACGACCAUAUCAGCUCUGAGUGAGCCCAUCGAGGUGGUGGACCUGCUAAAUGACCUCUACACACUGUUUGAUGCCGUCCUGAAUAGCCACGAUGUGUAUAAGGUGGAGACCAUUGGCGAUGCUUACAUGGUGGCCUCUGGGCUGCCCAGGCGGAACGGCAACCGGCAUGCGGCGGAAAUUGCCAAUCUGGCACUGGACAUCCUCAGUUCUGUGGGAGACUUCCGCAUGAGGCAUGUGCCUGAGGUGCCCAUCCGCAUCCGGGCUGGCCUGCAUUCAGGGCCCUGUGUGGCAGGUGUCGUGGGUCUCACCAUGCCACGCUACUGCCUCUUUGGGGAUACGGUAAACACUGCUUCCCGGAUGGAGUCCACAGGACUGCCUUAUAGGAUCCAUGUUAACCGAAGUACUGUCCAGAUCUUGGUCAGCCUGAAUGAAGGCUACAAAAUUGAUGUCAGGGGUCAAACUGAACUGAAGGGCAAAGGUAUAGAAGAAACCUAUUGGCUGGUUGGGAAAGCAGGCUUCCCCAAAGAACUCCCUGAGCCUAUGGACAUCAAACCAGGAGAUGCCUGGCAGGCCAUGGUGAAUCAAGAGAUCAAGUCGUCCUUCGGGAAAGCCAACCGGGGUGACGGCGGACCCAGGAGCUCCGAAAAGGCAGAACCGGUUUCCUAG